AAUAUUGUGCUCAAGAUGGCCGCCGAUGUGGGAUCGAUGUUUCAAUAUUGGAAGAAAUUUGAUCUCCGGCGGCUUCAGAGGGAGCUCAAUUCAGUGGCGGCUCAACUAGCAGGCCGACAGGAGGAGAGCGAGGACUCCCAUAAGCACCUGGUGGAGCUGAGCCGCGAAUUCAAGAAAAAUGUCCCCGAGGAGGUGCUGGAGAUGGUUUCACCCGUCCUGAAGAGUUUCCAAGCUCAGGUGGUUGCGUUGAGCCAGCGCAGUAAAGAGGCCGAGUCUGCCUUCCUGGCCAUUUAUAAACAGCUGAUCGAGGCCCCAGAUCCAGCUCCUCUACUGGAGGCCACGCAGCAGCGUCUGGCUGAACUUCAGCGUUCGGCUCCUGAAGGUGAUGCUCUGAUCACUGAAGUCUCUGACCGCUGGAGGAGACGCCUGGAGUGCCUUGACAAAGAAGAACACACAGAGGAGGAGGGGCCUAUAACCGUGGAGACGGGACAGGCGUCAACACAGAAGCCCCACAUGACAAACAGCACACAGACGGUCCAGGAUGGAGACGCUCCACUGCAAAACCACCAGGAGCCGCUGCAAGGGGAGGAGGAGGACCAAUCAGAUGCUCCGCUGCCUGUCAGACUGGACCAAGCCGAGCUCCGCAUCAAAGCGCUUCAGUCAUCGCUGAGCACGGCACGGACAGAGCUGCAGGAGCUCAGAUGUAAAUACGACCAGGAGAAAGCAGAAAAACUGGAGGAGAUGUGUGCGCUAAUGGCAAACCUGGAGAAGGCCAACCAGAGAGCGGACGCAGCCCAGAGGGAGGUGGAGAAGCUGAGGGAGCAGCUCUCCGGGACUCAGAGCACUUCUAAAGGGACCGGCCCGUCAGAAGAGCGACCCAAGGAGGAGAGGGAGCGGGACGAGCGGCUGGAGGCGCUGCUGUUCUCUAAAGACAGAGAGAUCCUCAGACUGCUGGAGAACGUCCAGAGACUGCAGUUCACCUUACAGGAGGUCCAGGACUCCUCGGCCAAUCAGAUCGCAGAGCUGGAGCGACAGCUGGCUUAUAAGUCUGAGGCUAUAGAGACCCUGGAGACCAAACUCCAGUCACAGAUCGAUUAUGAAGAGAUCAAAACUGAACUCAGCAUCCUGAAAGCCAUGAAACUGGCAUCAGCCAAUGGAAGUUCAUCCCAGGAUUCAGCCAAAACUGCUGAGGCUCUGCUGCUGGACAAAGAAGCCUUUCUGCCAUCCCACAAGUUUCUUGUGGAUAAAGUCAGAGUGCUACACAACAGCGAUGAUGGUCGUUCUGAGGACAGUAAGGACGUGAGUCGCCCGGCUGGCUCAUAUUCUUCUCCUCCAGGAACACUGCCCAUAGAUGGACGCACUUCCUCCAGCCCAGCUCCGCCCACUGCAGACACGCCCAUCCACACUCUGCCCCGCCCCUUCUCAGUGUCGCCCUUCACUGGUGAAAAACUUCCAGAUCAGCUCUUGCAGAAGCAGCUUCUGUCUCCUCUCUUCAAGAAAGACGGCUCCUCCAUCAUGGCCUUCCCCACCGCACUAUACGCCGCCAAAGCUGCCCUCCUGUCAGCCAAUCACAGCACCUCCAUCCCCAUCACUAUAGACACAGGCAUGCCGAGUGACCAAUCAGAGAGCGGGAGUUCAGGGGGCGGAGAUGACGACCAGUUGGACACAGCAGAGAUCGCUUUCCAGGUGAAAGAGCAGCUGCUGAAACACAACAUCGGCCAGCGGGUGUUCGGACACUACGUGCUGGGACUCUCGCAGGGGUCAGUCAGCGAGAUACUGGCCCGUCCCAAACCCUGGAGGAAGCUGACGGUCAAGGGCAAAGAGCCGUUCAUCAAGAUGAAGCAGUUCCUGUCGGACGAGCAAAACAUCCUGGCGCUGCGCACUAUUCAAGUCCGCCAGAGAGGGAGCAUCACUCCUCGCAUCCGAACUCCGGAAACUGGGUCAGAUGAUGCCAUCAAGAGCAUCCUGGAGCAGGCCAAGAAGGAGAUCCAGUCACAGAGAGGUGACUGUAAGUCGUCUCUAGGCUGUCCCUCUGGUCGUAACAGCACCGGUGCAGGCAGCAGUUCAGACGAGGCCAUCAAAAGCAUCCUGGAGCAGGCCCGUCGAGAGAUGCAGGCGCAGCAGCAGGCCCUGCUGGAGAUGGAGGUGUGUGGACGCUCCUCCGCCAGCGAGCGCCUCUCCAUCCACGAUCCAUCCAAGAGCCAAGCGUCCUCCACACCACCCUUCAUCAAACAAGAAGAGGGCAUAUCCGUCCCUCAGAGUCUGUCCAAUCCCACCGGAAGCCCACAGACGCCUCUGAGUGUCCUGUCGCCCGCAGCAUUUGUCCAGAACAUCAUCCGAAAGGUCAAGUCGGAGAUCGGGGAGGCCGGGACGUAUUUUGACCAGCAUUGGUCUGUGGAGCGCAGCGCGGCCGUCAUGGGACCGUUCACCUCCGUUUCUCCAUCUCUUUCCUCUUCAUCCUCCACAUCAAUGCCUCGUCCAUGGCCGCGGAUGGAGAAUGGAGACUGUGCUGCAAAUGGAGAAGACACAUCCGCACCUGAAGAUGAGCCCAUGAUAAACCGACAGGUGGAGAUCAAGGCGGAGCCGGACGCGUCGGUCAGCAGCGAGGCGUCCUGCGGUGGAGGACGGGUGUCUUUUUACCCCACCUACAUCCCUCGCACCCUGAAGCCCACCGUACCGCCGCUGACUCCAGAGCAGUACGAGAUGUACAUGUAUCGCGAGGUGGACACGCUGGAGCUCACGCGGCAGGUCAAGGAGAAACUGGCCAAGAACGGCAUCUGCCAGAGGAUCUUCGGGGAAAAGGUGCUGGGUUUGUCUCAGGGCAGCGUGAGUGACAUGUUAUCCAGGCCUAAACCUUGGAGUAAACUGACCCAGAAGGGCCGCGAGCCUUUCAUCCGCAUGCAGCUCUGGCUCCUUGAUCAGCUGGGUCACGGACUCAACCAACUACCCAACCACAACCACAGCCAGGAGAAGAGUCCCGUGACGAGCCGCUCGUCUCCGUCUCCUCCGGUGAGUCCCACAGAUGCUCAGUCCAGCACUGUUCUGGAGCCGGUGAGUCUAGCGCUGGAGAGCAGCAAGGAGAACCAGCAGCCACAGCCGCCGCAGCCACUGGAGCCUCACGGGGUGAAGAGCUCCGUCAUGAUCCCCCAGCAGACACACACCCCGCUGGGCAUCCAGGAGCUGGUGGCCAUGUCCCCCGAACUGGAUACUUACGCCAUUACUAAAAGAGUCAAGGAGGUGCUGACCGACAACAACCUAGGCCAGCGUCUGUUUGGAGAAAGCAUUCUGGGAUUGACGCAGGGCUCAGUGUCUGACCUGCUGUCCAGGCCGAAACCAUGGCAUAAGCUCAGUCUGAAGGGUCGAGAGCCAUUCGUCCGCAUGCAGCUGUGGCUCAACGACCCACACAACGUUGACAAACUCAGAGACGUCAAGAAGAUGGAGAAGAAAGCGUACCUGAAGAGGCGAUAUGGUCUGCUGAGUCCCGGCUCAGACAGUGAUUCCCCUGGUGCUCAUUCAGACUGCAUCAGUCCGGGUCUGAGCGCGCUGGAUCUCUGCCCCUUCAGCCAGGCCAAGAAACCCCGCGUGGUGCUGGCGGCGGAGGAGAAGGAGGCUCUGAGGAAAGCCUAUCUCCAGGAGCCGUACCCUUCACAACACACCAUCGAGAUGCUGGCGGCACAGCUCAACCUCAAGACCAACACCGUCAUCAACUGGUUCCACAACUACAGGUCCCGCAUGCGGCGAGAGGUCCUGAUGGAGGGUCUUCAAGACAACGACACUGACGCCGAGCACAACAACUACUCUCCUCUGGCAUCCCACAGUCCUGUGUCAGACCGUGAAGACCGAAAACAACUUCCAUCCAUCCGCAACCGCUCGGUCAGCACCGUCCCGCACCGUUUCACCGUCAAACAGGAGACCACCGAGCCAGAAGACGAGGAGCUACGUCUGCGGCAGGACAAGUGCUUCUCUAUUGGAGCUUUCAAAAUCGAAGAACCAGGACGCAGUCAAAGUCUGCUCCCCGAUGGCCCACAGAGGAACAGCUCAGCGUCCCAUGAAGGAGAAGAGCUGGAAAAAUCACCUGAAGAUCCCGUAAGCUUUAAAGCUUCAUCUGAACCGUCACGGAGCAGCCUGGAGGUUUCGCUUAAUUCGCCGUCAGCCGCUUCUUCACCCGGGCUCAUGAUGUCUGUGUCACCCGUCCCGUCCUCAUCCGCACCCAUUUCUCCAUCUCCACCAAACCCACCGGCGCUGGAGCCGCCAUCGCUCAACGCAAAACUCAACAAAAACACUCAGAGACGCAACGAGAAGAUGGCAAACCUCAACAACAUCAUCCAUCGCCUGGAGCGAGCUGCCAACCGCGAGGAGACCCUGGAGUGGGAGUUUUAG